AUGACUGAUCAAUUUGCUUUCUCAUACCCAUCUCCAUUGGAGGGGUACGAAAACCUCGAGCCGCUGUCAAACGAGAGAACCGAAGACGGAAAGUCAUUGAAGAACCCUCAGCAUGGCGUACUGAGCAAAGCCUAUGAGGAGUUCCCGGAUCCUCUAGCCAAAGAUCGGCGCGGAGGCUUCGAUAUCCACAUCUAUCAUUUCCAGGCCAACGAGGAACAAGCUACAUAUGCUAAAGCCCUCUGGGAACGAGUCCGACGAGAAUUUCCCGAGUUACGAAUUUACACAUUCUUCGACCGGCCAGUCGGCCCUCACCCAAUCGCCAUGUUCGAAGUGAAUUUGUUUACGCCGGCGCAGUUUGGAGCGUUCAUUCCCUGGUUGAUUAUCAACCGGGGCCCGCUUAGUGUUCUCAUUCAUCCCAACACGGUGGACUCGGAGGAAGAGCGAAAUCAUACUCAGCGUGCGACUUGGCUUGGAGAACGUAUUCCGUUGGAUUUGUCACUUUUCAAGUUGAUGAAGAAAAAGGAAGAAGAGGCUGAGAGGCAGCGGCAACUGUGA